GGGGAGGCGGGGCCGGUUGGUCCCGCCCGUCCCUCAGGCGCGGAGUGGACGGUGAGGCGGGAGCCGAGCGGGAGAUCGUGCGCGGGCGUGCGGCGGCGACAGCAGUGACAAGGCGGUGGUGCUGUCACUUGUACUGCAUGGACUCUUGCUCAGUAGCAUGGGAGAAGAGGAAGGACUGCAUCAGACACCAUUCCUGGACACAAUGUUUGUGCGAGGAUUAAAGAGAAAAUGUUUUGAUGGUGAAGAAGAUAUUGAAGGCAGUCUGGCUGGUAUUAAGGCUAUUCCUUCCUACAAUCUGCAGCGGCAGUCACUCCUGGACAUGUCCUUGGUUAAACUUCAGCUGUGUCACAUGCUGGUGGAACCCAACCUUUGUCGUUCGGUGCUCAUCGCCAACACGGUACGGCAGAUCCAGGAGGAGAUGACCCAAGAUGGGACUUGGCAGAUGAUAAAUACACAGAGCACAGGGCAGGCAUCCCUGGAUCGUCUCGUUUCCACAGAUAUCCUCUGUCGUUCAUCUAGGGAUCACCAAGCUGAGGGAAAGCAUGGGCCAGCCUAUGGUACCUUCAGUAAAGACUUUGAGAGUGACCAGGCACAAGAUAAUUCAGAAACUAUGUCAACAGCCCCUGCAGUGCAACCACCAAGAAACCUGCAGAGCAACGUGUGGGAAAUGGAGAGUCCACAAGAAAAUAAAGGAAACUUUCAAAAAUCUUUAGAUCAAAUAUUUGAGACACUGGAGAAUAAAAGUCCUAAUACUGUUGAAGAUCUGUUUUCAGAAGUUGACAAUUCUUAUUAUGAUCUUGAUACUAUGUUAACUGGCAUGAUGAGCAACACAAAAAUGGGACACUGUGAUAGUCUUGAAACAUUUUCUUCUCCAACAAAUACAGCUUCUAACUCUAAUUGUAAAUCUGAUCUUAAUGACCUUGAUCAUAUUGUGGAAAUCCUUGUUGAAUCCUGAAACUCCUUGUGUGGAGGUAAAGAUGUGUUAGUGGGAAGAAAAGACUGGAGAGAGCAAUUUCCACAGUUGGUUCUAUCAAAUCUGCACGAGUAUUUUACAAAUAUCUAUAUAUUAUAUAGAUACAUAUAUUAAGAAGCACUUCAUAUUGCAAAAUAGUGUUAACUCUUAAAGUUAACCUGCAACUUGUAGUGUAAUAAUCUGAUUUAUUGUCCACUGAACUGUAAGUACAUAUGGUAAAUGUUUCUAUGUUGGGGGUCAAAGGCUCUUGAAAUUGGAUUCCUUUUACCAAUUUGUUUUAGCCUUUGAUGGAGGAUAUCCUCAGGGAGAGGGAUUCUCUUAUCUUCUUACACUUCUCCCAUAAAAAUGGUAAUAAACAGAAGAGAGAAGAAGUUGGAUAACUGGUUUCCUGUUCCCUCCAGUUUCCACUUUGUUACAUGACAAAACUCCUACCACACCUGCUGCUUCUGUGUUAAGUCCCUACAUGGCUCUUAAAGAGCAGUAUGCAAUAGUUCUUGUUAUCCUUGCUAGCUUCUUCUGGGUUUUGCUACAAUUUUUACUUCAAAAAUAGUUUUAAAGUGUUUAUUGGUGUUUAGAUUUUUCCAGGUAUUUUCCUAAAAUAUAUUUUUUACUACAGAUGUUAUGUCAGCUGCUAACUUAGUAACUUUUGAUCAUAUCUGCAGUUGAUGUAUUUUUUGCAAGAUUUUCAAAAAGGGAUGUUUUUUUACCAUGAGCUACCCAAUGUAGUUCAGUAAAGUGUAUGUAAAUGUAAAUAUGCAAUUUUAUACUUUGCAUUAAAAUGUAAGAGCUGUUUUCAUGAUUCUGUUUUAUAGAGUAGUACUUUACUAAAUUGAGAAUUGUACAUCUAUGCUUUUCAUACUCCACAUAUUUGAGUAUCACUAUAGGAAGAUCUUUGAUCUAGCUAGACACAAUUACAUUUAAUUCAUUUCAGACCAUACUUUUUUGUUAACUACAAACCUAAAUGAUGCAGGUUUUUAUUUAUGUGUAUUUAUAUGUAAAUGUCAUCAAGUGAAUUGUUUAUCAUUGAAGUCUACCAUCAAAUAUUUGUUUAUAUGGGAUAACUAUCUUGCACUAAUUACUACAAAAAGUGUUAUUAGUGGCCUUUAAGUCUCACUGGUUGGUAUGUCAUGAUGUCUUGUCAUAAUUAAUAUGCUCCACUCUUACCAAGGGUUUCCUCUUGGCUUUUUUAAUAACAAAAAAUGUAAUACAACAUGGGAUGGUGGUCUUUUCUUCCAGCACAUUUGGUUUAGAGUGUAUCUAACUAAUCUUCUUUCUAGGAGACUUUUUUGGGGGGAAAGGGAUAAUUUGAGUAUAGCCUGUGAUUUCAUUAUAAAAUAACAAAUGUUUCCCAUCAGAAGCUGCUACUGGGGAAAAGCCCCAAGCUAGCAGGAUGUAGGGAAGGGGGGAAAUAUGGAUUGGUUUCUAGAAUAUGUGGGCCAUGGCUGUGCCAGGGGAACACAUCUGUCAGUAACAAGUUGUUUUCUGUAGAUCUGAGCCAAGCCAGCUGCUGAAGAAGAAAAGAGAACCUUGCUGUGUGUGACAGGCUCUGCCUUGCCAUGAGUGACCUCACCUACAAUGCAGAUUCUCAAACCUGAAAGGGGAUUGGAGGUGCCAAAGGGGUGUUAGAACAUCUGAGUAUCACUUCAAGAAUAAGGAGACCACUGAGCUUACCUGCUCUAGAAUCAUCUGCUUUGAGGAAAGAUAUCAUUUAGCUAAAUUUUGCAAACUCAACAGUCGAAUGUGUAUUGGCUCCAUCUUCUGAAACCAUGCACUUAGUGUGAGUCUUCAGUGAACUAGAAGAUGUUUCCUUGUAUUAAAUUUGGCAUAAGAUAACUUGUAGUUGCUGUAAUUAAACUUUGAUUAAUAACUUCAUAUUAAAGGAAGAAAUAGCAAAUAGGCACUUGCAAGUUCAGUCUGUGGGAUACAGCUGGACCACAGAGAAGCCCAUGCCUUAACAGAGAGAUCAUUUAUAGGCAUUGCAGCAAUAAAUGCUGAUUCAGCAGGAUCCAAAUACAGAUAAAAACUCAUAUCUCACAGUGAAAAAAAAGCUGGCUUAUGGGGUAGUGUUUGUUGUAGUAUCAGAAAGUCUUACAAAAAUUAUAAAUCUGCAGGUAAUUUUUCUUGAUGCUUUUCUGUGUGUGAACCACAGAAGUGGAAAGCAGAUGCCUUAGGGUAAAACAGAACCAGUUUCAGUUUUAUAAAGGGAACAUCAGCAUUGAUUGGAAUAAUUAAAUAUCUUCUGUUCCUCUGGGAAACUUUUCCAAAACUGCUCUGAACUGUGUUGAAAACCCACAAGUUUGAGCAACUCUGUGUGUUCCCCUCUGCCCCCAUACCCUCCAUUUUCAUUAAAUGUGCAAUUUCAUGUUUAAAUAUUUUAAAAAUGCUCUUCCCCACCUCCUUAGUGUGCAUCAGUCUACAAGUUACAGACAGGAAUCAGAAUAACUUGUUCAUAACUGUUAAACUGUGUAUGUCAAGUGCACAUGUGUGUAUUUAUAACUCUAUACUUCAUCUAGCUGGGUGCAUUCCUUUACUGAGGAAGCUGUGCCUACUAAAAACAAUUUAUAGAGUCCACUUGGCUUAACAGGAAAGCUGUUAGGUAAGCAGGCAUUUGUGGAGUUGAGCAUUUAGACAGAAAUAUAUAUCCUGUUUUAUUACAUUCUUAAAACUUAUGCCAAAUCUUAUGUGCUCUUACAAGCCUGGUAUCUUGGCUCAGCAGGGUUAAGAAUUGGUAUUGCUGAAACUUGCACAGUCACCAUGCAGAACUGUUGGGUGCCUGCAACUGGUCUGACUUUGCAGAGACCAGUCUGUAAAAUCAGCUUGUCUCCCUAUUGCUUUAAUAAUGUGUCUCACUCUAAUUCAGCUUCUCCUGGUUAAAAAAAAAAAAAAAAAAAAAAAAAAAAAAAAAAAAAAAAAAAAAAAAAAAAACAACAUAGAAAAAAGAAGCUUUAUUUUUUUAACUGCUAUUCUCAUUUCUUUAGUGAGCUGUUACAACAAAUGGUGAGAGAUGAUAUUUGCUGCUGGGGAUCUUCUUAAUUUCUACAUGUAAAUGGGAAAUUUAAAGAACAUGGCUUCUGUAAUUAGGAAAGGCUUCUGACAGAUUUUGCUGCCACUCCCAGCAGCCUUUUUUCUCUCGUGCUCCUAGGGAAGAGUUGUGGAGCUUGCACAGCAUCAGUGCCAUGUCAGACAGGGCUGUUGGUGUGCUGAUGGCACUGGGCUGUGGAGCUGCAGCACAGCAAGCACUGUCAGGCACACAGCUCAUAUCCAAUCUGCUUCCUUUGCAGGUAGCACUGAGUAUCUGUGCCCUUCUUCUGUGCCUGGGGUUUUAUUUCUCCUUUUCCCUUGCCAGAAAAUCAGAGAUCAGGCACAAGAAGUGCAAGGAUCCAGGCUGCUGUAACAAUGGCUUGUCUGCUUAUUGCUUCUCUGUUUGUGUGGUGUUUUUUAGUUUCUUUUAACCCCCUCUCUCUGUGCAGCUCUGGAAGUUUGCCUAGCAAAAAACAUCACCUGUCUCUACAACCAGAGCUGCAUUUGCCUAAAGAACAAAUUUGGUCAGUGAAGAGAGAAUCAGUGUUGGAAUUUAAAAAGCACCUUUCCUGAGCAGACUGCCUUGGAGGCACAGCAGUGAAGGGUUUCAGCCUGGAGCAGGUGAGGGAUUCACACACGAGCUGAGCCUUCAGACUCACCAGGAAUUACCUGUUCUCAAAGCUGUCCUUAGACUUUUUUGAAGUCUUGGGUAUGUCUGGGCUACUGUAGUAAGCAUUUUAAAAGGCAUUAUUGUAAAUUGACUGAGAGUAUAGUUUAAUAUUGUAAUUAUCAGACCAUCAUGGAUUUUUUUGUGUCUCAGAAUAUUGAUUUGUGUGACUGCUUUACAGUCUUGCAGCUUAUUCCAUAUUCCCUUAUAGGUAAAUGAACUGUCAAAAGCUGGAAUGAAAAAAAAAACCCAAGACAUUUGCUUUCUGACAUCCAUGAUAAGACAAAUAAAAAUGCUUUCAAAAAUUA